ACACUAAAAUAUAAAAAAAGCAGCACACAACUUCAUCAGUUUUUGCUACUUCUCCUACCAUUUCAAAUACCAAGCCAUCACUUUUAUUUUUCUUAGUUUUGGCAUGGCUACUUAUAACCUUCCCAUGGCUUUCGCCACGUUACCGUUCAUCGUAGCAUCCUUACUCCUUAGCUUACACCCUACAGAGGCACAAAUUGGGGUAUGUUAUGGAAACAAUGGAAACAACUUACCAAACCCGCAAGAUGUGGUUAACCUCUACAGAUCUAAUGGCAUAGGAGCAAUGAGAAUCUAUGCUCCCGAUCAACCAACUCUCCAAGCCCUACAAGGAUCAGGCAUCAGAAUCAUCCUAGAUGUCCCCAGGGACAACCUCCAGUCACUAGCAUCUGAUCAAUCGGCUGCCAAUCAGUGGGUUCAAACCAACGUCGUCCCCUUUGCAUCGUCGAUCAAAUACAUCGCAGUCGGGAACGAAAUCCACGCAUCUGAUCAACAAGCAUCAUCAGUGGCACCAGCCAUGCAAAAUGUUCUCAAUGCGCUGAAUUCAAACAACUUAGGUGGACAAAUUAAGGUUUCUACAGCCAUUGAUACAACCUUGAUCACAAAUUCCUUCCCACCGUCUAAUGGUCAAUUUAGUGAUGGGGGAUAUAUUACUCCAAUAAUUAACUUUCUAACUGGCAAUGAUUCACCGUUGUUGGUUAAUGUUUACCCUUACUUUGCUUAUACAAAUAACCCACAAAGUAUCCAGCUUGAGUAUGCAUUAUUUACUUCCGGUGGAACUGUGGUUACUGAUACCAACAACGGAAAAAAUUAUCAAAAUCUAUUUGAUGCGCUUCUGGAUGCAGUGUACGCGGCUCUAGGGAGGGCUGGUGCACCUAACACAGCAAUUGUGGUGUCUGAGAGUGGAUGGCCAUCAGAAGGUGGGAACGCUGCCACAUCCGACAACGCAGGAACUUACUAUAGGAAUUUGAUCGGUCAUGUAAGCCAAGGAACACCUUUGAAACCAGGGCAAGGAAUUGAGACUUACUUGUUUGCUAUGUUUGAUGAAAAUAGUAAAACGGGAGAUGCCACUGAGCAGCAUUUUGGACUUUUUACUCCUGCUCAACAGGCUAAGUAUCAACUCAGUUUCAGUUGAUGACCAUCAACAUCCUUAAAGUAACAAAUACAUACACGAUGCUGUUGAUAUAGACAUAUACAAGUACACUAAAUAAGAUGACUUACCUCCAUAACUUAUUGAGAUUUGAGAAUAUGCUUGGAAAUAAAUAUUCAAUGGUUUCUAUUUUGCUUU